AGAGUGAUGCAUUUGAGUUUAAGGUUACGAAUUCAUCGGAAGAGCCAGCACUAGAGAUGACCAUUACCCAACCAGAGCAUGGAAUAAUUGGUGUUAAUGGAACCUGGACUGUCCAACAUCAUAAAAUUGACUUCUUCAUUCGAGAGCCAGUUUCAAAGGAAAAGCUUUUGGCAGACAUGUUGACCAAAGAGAAUGCCGGGUUUUACCCUCCA